AUUAAUGUUUGACUUUCUUCCAGUCCAACACUAGGAAAAUUCAACAAAAUCCACCAAUAUGGAAGUGCUUGCUGCCAAUCCGUUGAUUCGUGAUGUCAACAUAUUCCACACGGUUUACUACCCGACCGAAGUGAUGCUAUAUUUUGAGCAGCAUCACAUAUUUGAGAUAUUUUUUGAUUUGAUGGUUCUACUGGACCUGAAGCGCCCUGACGACGUGCGCGACUUUAUAGCGAGCAACAUACAAAAGAUGGCGGAUAAGUACCGGAAGAUUAACGUCGUGGUAGAAUGCCCUCAAAAUUCUGAUGUGGCAAAAAUUGCGAAGGUUUGCAGUAGAAUUCAUCGUUCGCCAAUUAUUUCAAUGAAAAGCCCCAUUUCGAAAAAGCGGAUUGAAAAAUUGUCUCACCAAUUGAAGCGGUUCGGACUAGACAAAACAAAUACGAUUUUUAUUGGAUUUGAUGGUUCUGCUGGACCUGAAGCGCCCUGAUGACGUGCGUGACUUCAUAGCAAGCAACAUACAAAAAGUGGCUGAUAAGUACCGGCGGGUUAACGUUGUUGUAGAAUGCCCUCAAAAUUCUGAUAUGGCAAAAAUCGCAAAGGUUUGCAGUAGAAUUCAUGGUUCUCCAGUUAUUUCAAUGAAAAGCCCUAUUUCGAAAAAGCGGAUAGAAAAAUUGUCUCACCAAAUGAAACGGUUCGGGCUAGACAAAACAAAUAUGAUUUUUAUUGGUCAUCCAAGUGACAUCUCGCAUAAACUUAUUCAGAGGGAGUUUCAUCUAAACAAACGAUUCGAUCUAAACCACAACUUAUCCAGUAUGAAAGCUACCGAAACAAGAACAGUUCUUCCUAUCGCGGUCAGCUUAAAGAACUCCAUGAGACAAAUGGCACUGCAUCCCGAUCAUUCUCGAGUAAAAUAUAUCGAAAGAAUUCUGAUAAUGGGUCGUCCCGGAUCAGGAAAACAUCGCCAGGCACGAUUGUUAGCCAAUCGCCUUGAUUUGAUACUUGUUUCAGCGACUGAUCUCAUAAACGCCGCAAGAUGCGAUAAAAAUCUGUUCAAGAAAACACUGGAGAUUGGUCUGGAGGAUAAUGCGCACACUUCGGAUCUCCUUGCAACGAUUAUUCAGAAGCGUCUCUUGGAACCGGAUUGCCUUCAAUUUGGCUGGGUGCUAGUGGACUUUCCCAAUACCGCCGAGGAUGUUGAAAACUUGUACCAUCUGUUGAUCGCGCCGAAAAAGGUGAUCGAAUUGCACACCAAUUCGAGGCUUUGUUGGAAGAGAAAACUAAAUCAAAUGAGGAAGAAUGGUGCUCAAAUUGACGAUGAGGUACUUCAACUGAAAGAGUCCGUAUUGCAGGCAGAAUUCGACUUUUAUGACAUGCAUUAUACCGCGGUGGAAGCUUCGUUAGAGCGACAAAACUGCGUUAUACUUCAUGUAAAUGGAAAUAACUGUACUGAGGAAGUGCAUGGAGAAAUUUUGACGAAAUUGUUGAAGAUUGAUUGAUCAGUGGUGAAGAAAAACUUGGAUUUGGUUUGUCAUCAAAAUCAAUAAAAAUAAUCGUUUGCGCUUCCUUUUA